AGUGCCAACAUCUUGUGCCGGCACUGGGCUAGAAUUCAAACGUGUGCCGCCCCAUUCUUUCGCGUGUUAUAUCGCAGCGUGCAAAUUUCAAAUGAUACGUUAAUUCGUGUAGUGCGUGUUCGAAAUUGGUGAUUGUACAAGUUAACAAUUUAUAGUGAACAAAAAUGUUAACUAAACGCAAAAACAACAAGUAUAUUCAUAAUUACAAUUUUCCACUUACAAAACUUCGAAACGUGUAUUGUAUACAGUGCAAACAUCAAUUUAUUUUUCAAGAAUUUGUUCCUUUACGUGGUGUUAUUCCUUUAUUAUUAGAUUGUGGACAUACAAUAUGUGACAAGUGUAUGAAAUUAUUUGUUAAUAAACCUUGUCCUCUAUGUAAUGUAGUUUCACAAUGUGAAAAUGAUCAUAUACUUUCAUUAUCUUUACAUAUAUAUACAUUAGGAUUAAUGGUCAUGUCGCAUAAUCGACCAAUUAUUACAGAUGAUUUAGAUAUUUCUUUUUCUAAAUUAUCUACUUCUAAAUCAAAGCAACAGUGCAUAAAAGGAUUGUGUUAUGAAUGUGGAAUUCAAGCAACUAUAAAAUGUCUACAAUGCGUUGUUCUUUUUUGCAAUAUUUGUUAUACAAAGAUUCAUGGGAAAGCACUACAAAAUCAUACAAAAAUAAUGUUAACAGAAGACAAUAAUGAAAAUUCUUUUACUAUAAGAAAUACGUGUUCAGAACGGUGUAAUGAACCAGUAGGAUAUUAUUGUCAAAAUUGUGAUAUAUCGGGUUGUUCACAUUGUAUGCUACGAUCGCACAAAACACAUAUUUAUCAACCAUUACUUAAGAAGAAUGAAGAAAUGCUGGAAGAAUUCUACAAAGUGUUUGAUGACGUGUCCGAGAACCUCAAGAGAAUUCAACAGGCGCAAAAGGUACGUAGAAUUUAUUAAAGCGCAAUAACGACUAUCCGUGCUGUACAGCAAAGCGAGAAAAGGGGCGAUUGUAAGUAAUUUAAAAUCACGUUAUCGUUUAUUAUCGAUAUGCGUAGUAAUUAAUGUAACGAUAAAUAUUUGCAUAAUUGUUCAAAUUGUUUGCGCAACGCCCACAUUGAAACACAAGAUGCUUUGCAUCGACGGGUUUUACAUAAAACCCUUUCUCGCGAUAUCAAUUACCCAUUUUACCCACGCAUAUUUCGUUUCGUACAAGAGCUUGUACACGGAUUCAAAAGCGAGCCAGAAUUUGCGUAUUCCUCUUUUUUUCCUUACUUUUUCGUUUACUUGCUCGAUUCGAAAGUGACUCGACCGCUUUCCAUCACUUUUUCGAAGAAUCGUUCAAACUAAUUCGAAACUUUUCUCGAGGAAAAAGAAGGAAAGGAGAGGAAGAAAAAGAGAAU